AUGCAUUUCACCACCACGGCUGGCUUAAUCUUCGCGGCGCUGACGCCCCUGAGCUCCGCAGCCACCUGCGAAAACUUCGGCAACAGGGCCAUCCCUAUAUGGCAAGUGCAGGCCAGCGGCGUGGACGACAUCCCCGGAAAGUGUGGCGGCCUGUGGGACAACCUGAACGGCUUCGGCGGCUGUGGCAAGAGCGCUACCUAUUGUGGCGGCUCUAACGGGAACCUGGUUUGGCGAUUUACUGGCAGCUCCGGCUGCAACGCCGGUGUGGUCGAGGCAACCUGGUACAGGGCAACCAAGAACGAAUUUGGGUCCAUCAGCUGUUAG